CACCUUGACACGUCCUCGCGAUCAUCUCGGAAGUCAGUGCACUAGCAUCUCAUCCAUCAACUCACGCACAAUGGAUUCUGAUCUGCGGCAAGCCAUAAACACCGCCGACAUCCAGACUCUGCGUUCUGCGCUCUAUGAAAUCCUCAAAACCGUACCGGGAACGAGUAACGUCGUGAAGAAGAAGAUGGGUAGACCCACUGCAAGCCGAGCUCGCGCUGAAUCCAUCAACCGCGAACGCGAACGCGCAGUCUACUACUGCUCGCGCUGCGAGCAAUAUCUCAAAGGCCGGCAAGUCCUUCGCAACCAGUGCUUUUAUCAUCCGGGCAAACUCCAAAUCAAGUCCAACCCUACGGCGUGGCCUGACUGGCAAGACGACGAAGAGAUAAACAUGGAAUUAAACAAACAGGAGUUUCCAGAGUGCUUUUUCUGGACGUGUUGCGGGGAGGAGGGAGAUGGGAAGAAGUGGUGUGUCCAAAGGCGCCAUCCACUGAACAUGGUUGCGCGGGUCGAGCUGGAUGGGGAAUAAGGGGUCAGGUAUGGGAAUUGGAGGUGGGUGCGUCGUGUGCAAGAAUUAUUCUGCCUUGUCUCCGUGAAUUGGAAUCCGUCUGGAGGCGUAAUGGACAUCUUUCCCUCACCUAGGACAUAUCAGGCUAAUGGUAUAGCUUGAACUGCUACUUGGUCACGUUUGGUCACCCUACCUCUGCAUUUCGGUCUCAAGGUCCCGC